GUUUCAUGGUAUUUUCUCUAGUUGGAGGUUGGACGUUUCUGAGUUCCCAGUUGCCUGGGACGCAGCAUAAAUGUUCAAUUAUGAAAGUGUGGAAAACCGGCUAAUGAUGCCAGCUGGAUUUAGCUUCCUCGGCAGCUGGUUUCUGCACCUUUUCAUCAGCGUCAUUCUUCCAGCGACAGGUAAGCCUCUACAGAGCGGCUCACCUUGGCGAAUAUCUGCAGCUGCUGGCAAAGAUGUCAUUCUUCCGUGUCGCCUCACCGCAUCUGUUGACCCCUCACCUGUCCUGGUGGUAGAGUGGUCCCGGGUAGAUGGUCCGUUUCCAGUGACGGUUCAUGUUCUCCGCAACGGCGAAGAACUUGUAAAGGAGAAAGCGCCAGAGUACCUCGGGAGGACGGCCAUAAUGGAGGACGGUUCCCUAAAGUUGCUCGGUGUCCAACGGCGAGACAGCGGCACCUACAGGUAA